UGCGGAACUUUGUGUAGGGAUCGUGGGAGCUUUUCUAUCCGCCAGCAAAAUAGCCUUCUAGACAACCACAAUUUCUGUUUCUACCAUUCUUGUUCAGCUCCUUUUUACUAUUUAUUGAAUUUGCAUAUGGAAAGGUGUCUGUGUCUUACUGGACACAGUAACCGUAUCCAAACUUACCAACACAAUGCUUCCCUAUAUUGAUAUCCCUUUUAUUUAUCUUGCAGAUGUGCUAGGCACCUCGAAAGAUGAUCUCAAGGUUAUCGUCUCUUUCGUCCUGUCAUAUCCCUUUGCCGGUCUCCUCAAGCGCAUACCUGACAGCAAGCCCUACCAAAAGAAUCUCUUCAUCAUUGCAGUAUCUGUUUUUUAUCUGAUCGGCCUUUUCGACCUGUGGGCCGGUACUCGGACAUUGUUGAUCAGCGCUGGUGGAACAUAUUUGAUAGCGGCAAAGAUUCAGGGGCCAUUCAUGCCAUGGAUCGGUUUCGUUUUUGUCAUGGCGCAUAUGUCCAUCAAUCAUAUCUAUCGUCUAUAUGAGGAGCCAGGAUCUUGGGAUAUCAGUGGAGCUCAGAUGGUCAUGGUCAUGAAGCUCACCGCUUUCUGCUGGAAUGUCCAUGACGGCCGUUUACCUCAAAAGGAUCUCUCUGAAUUUCAGCGGGAAAGGGCCCUUCCGACGUUACCAAGCCUGCUUGACUAUGCCGGUUAUAUAUUCUUCUUCCCCUCUCUUUUCGCGGGGCCAGCUUUUGACUACGUUGAGUAUCGCAGAUGGAUUGAAACCUCGAUGUUUGAGGUCCCCGCUGGAACUGACCCAACUAAGCGCCCACCUACGCGCAAAAAGCGUAAGAUACCCCGCAGUGGGACUCCUGCCGCAUGGAAAGCCGCCGCUGGAUUUUUCUGGAUUUUUGCCUUUUUAAAAUUCUCUGGAUGGUACAGCAACGAGCUUCUCCUUGGAUCCCAGUAUAUGAAAUAUGGAUUUCUGAGAAGGGUCUGGGUCCUGUACAUGCUCGGCUUCGCUGCUAGGUUGAAGUACUACGGCGUGUGGUCACUCACUGAAGGGGCAUGCAUCCUGUCUGGCAUUGGCUACAAAGGAAUUGAUCCAAAAACUGGGCGGGUCCAUUGGAACCGCUUGCAGAAUGUCAAUCCCUGGGGUUUGGAGACUGCACAAAAUACGCGCGCGUACUUGGAGAACUGGAACAUGAACACAAAUCACUGGCUGCGGAAUUACAUGUAUCUUCGCGUGACACCAAAAGGGAAGAAACCCGGCUUCAGAGCAAGCAUGGCAACCUUUGUUACCAGCGCAUUUUGGCAUGGGGUUUAUCCAGGCUAUUAUCUCGCCUUCGUGCUAGCUAGCUUCUUGCAAACGGUUGCAAAAAACUUUCGUCGACACGUUCGUCCAUUUUUUCUUACUGCGGAUGGCACCAGUCCAACGCCAUAUAAGAAGUAUUACGACAUUGCUAGUUUGGUGACUACACAGCUAGCGUUCUCUUUCACAGCCGCGCCGUUUGUCCUCCUGAGUUUGCACGAUUCACUGCUCGUUUGGUCUCGAGUAUAUUUUUACUGUAUCGUGGGUGUUGUGGCAUCCGUAACUUUCUUUGCCUCGCCAGGAAAGGCAUGGCUAGUUGAGGAAUUGCAAAGAAGGCAUAAAGUCGCACUCGUCCGCAAUUCCAGUCAAGAAAAUUUGACAGGGCCGAUGAUGGGACUCCCGAACGAUCCAGGAGAGGAAGUGAGUGAAAUCGUCAGGGAAGUGAAGAGUGAAAUGGAAACGCGCAGAAGAAGAAGCCUGAAGGGCUAGAUUCUCCCUCAAUCAAUAUAAGAUGGUAAUUUGAAAGUGGUGUACAGUUCAUUAUCCAUGAAUGUACAGGUGUACUUAGGAGCCUCUUUGGACUUUUUCUCCCAAUGUAUAUAUCAAAGUCAUUUUAGAAGACUGUACAAAAUAAUUCUGAGCCCAAAGGGCAAGCGAGAAUCCAAAUGUUCAAGAAGC